GAAAGAAAAGGAACGAUUAUAAGCGCGAGAAACCCUUAGAACGUUAGCCCGGUAGAGGGAGGAGUUACAUUGAGUGUUUACAUAACAUUAUAUCUCUCUAUUAUUAUUUCUUGUAGUCACUCUGCAGGUGAUGUCCUGAUGGUGCAGCCAAGUAAUCUAGCUGAUGUUGUACAAGAAUUCAUGGCUCAUCUAGCACUGGAACCAGAAAAGAAGUUCUUUCUCGAGCAGAAUGAUCCAGACAUCCCCAUUCCUCAUCAGCUUCCUCAACCUUGCUCCAUUCAGCAGCUUGUGGAACAUUAUCUGGACAUUCAAGGUGUUCCGAGGAGGUACUUCUUUGAACUUCUUUCACACUUCACCAGCUCAGAGCUUGAACAGGAAAAACUACAAGAGUUCUGCUCUGCAGACGGACAGGUAAUGAUUUACGUUGAAUUUUAUAAGAACCAUCAAAACGUUCUAAAUGGCGCUACGAUUUGACUUGAUGUUUCGGUUAGAACUUGAUUCGAUCCAAACUUAAGGAAAGGAUGAAGCAAUAGAGAGACGAAUUACUUGCUCAGUCCUCUCUAAAUUGUGUUUUUACAUUUUCCCGAUCGCCAAUCUGACCAACAUUCUCCGCACAGUUUCACAACUUUACUUACCGUGAAGUUCCAAAAGUAAUGACAU